UGGUAAUAAAGUGGGGAGGACUUUUUGCCUUUCCUCUUCUACAAAACGAUUAGUUCUUCCUGAUCAUUCAACACUUGGCAAUCGAGUGUGAUUCAUAUAUAAGAAAAGUGGCUGUAUCAUUCGAUUUUGUCCAGUUUAUUUUUGAAAAGCAUUCCGAAAUGUCACCGAAAACGAAGGUUUAUGUUGUUGGUGUCGGUAUGACAAAAUUCGAGAAACCGGGUAAACGGGAUGAUUUCGACUAUCCGGACAUGGCGAAAGAAGCAGUUGCGAAAGCUUUGCAGGAUGCAAAAGUUUCUUAUAAUGAGGUGAAAGCAGCCUGUGUAGGAUACGUUUACGGAGAUUCCACCUGUGGACAACGAGCAUUAUAUCAAGCUGGUCUUACUGGUUGUCCUAUAUACAAUGUAAAUAAUAAUUGUGCCACUGGUUCAACAGCUUUAAUAAUGGCUAAACAAAUAAUCGAGUCUGGCUCUGCUGAUUGCACGUUGGCCCUUGGUUUUGAAAAAAUGGAGAAAGGUUCUCUAGUAUCUAAAUUCUUGGAUCGUACUAAUCCAAUGGACAAACAUGUGGAACUCAUGGCCAAUAUUGCUGGCAUAAAUGAGAGUCCAGUCACUGCCCAAAUGUUUGGAAAUGCUGGACUUGAACACAUGAAAAAAUAUGGCACCAAAGUUGAGCACUUUGUAAAAAUUGCUUAUAAGAAUCAUUUACACUCCCUAAACAAUCCAUACUCGCAGUUCCAAGAGAAAUACACGUUGGAGCAAAUAAUGAAAUCUCCAAAAGUAUUCGGACCGCUUACUAAGCUUCAGUGUUGCCCAACAUCCGAUGGUUCAGCAGCUGUGGUUUUGGCUAAUGAAGACUUUGUUCGUAAACAUAGACUUGAAUCUCAAGCAGUAGAAAUUGUGGCGAUGGAAAUGGCCACAGAUCCAGUUUCAACAUUCGCAGAGAAGAGUUGUAUUAAACUUGUUGGCUACGAUAUGACGAAACAUGCUGCUGAAAAGGUGUUCACUCAAACUUCUUACAAACCAUCUGAUGUGGAUGUUAUAGAAUUGCACGAUUGCUUUUCUACUAAUGAACUUCUAACUUAUGAAGCAUUAGGACUUUGUCCUCCAGGACAUGGUGGAAAAUUAGUUGAUGCUGGAGACAAUACAUAUGGAGGGAAGUAUGUAAUAAAUCCUAGUGGAGGUUUGAUCUCAAAGGGACAUCCUUUGGGAGCAACAGGAUUGGCUCAGUGUGCUGAACUUUGUUGGCAACUUCGAGGAAAGGCUGAGAAACGGCAAGUGCCAAACGCGAAACUUGCUCUACAACAUAAUAUAGGAUUAGGUGGAGCAGCUAUUGUUGCUCUGUAUCGUAUGGGGUUCUCUCAAUCGUCGGUAAUUAAGAAAAAUCUAAGUGGAUCGUCUGCUCCGGAUCAGUUCAAAGCGACUCCGUUGUUUAAACUAUUAGAAAUUGCAAUGCAAGAGGAUGAAGAAAAUUUGAUUGAAAAAGUUCGUGGAGUGUUCGGAUUUAAAAUAAUUAAUGGUCCUGGAGGUGCGGAAGCCUAUUGGAUCGUAGAUACUAAAACAGGGAAAGGAAAAGUAGAAUAUGAUGGAAAAACUAAACCCGACGUUGUAAUCAUGAUAAGCGACACGGACAUCGUUGAUUUUAUUUCUGGCAAACUGCAUCCACAAAAAGCAUUUUUUCAAGGAAAAAUUAAGAUUCAAGGUAACAUGGGAAUGGCAAUGAAAUUAAUUGAGUUACAAAAGCGCGCUGGCAAAAAGAUCGAAAUCCUGCGUUCUAGAUUAUAAAGAACAAAGAUCUCUAAGUCUUUCAAUGAAUGAAAAUUAUAUUUCGAUAUUAAAUAUAAUAUAAA